CCACUAUACAAUGGCAUGUGCUGUGCAGUCGUCUUAUACACUUUGCGUUUUUUAAGAGGUUAGGAAGGGAUAGAGCCAACUGGCACGUCACGUAAGUGAUUGCGGAAGUAAAAGUACUCAAAUUGGAUUCUAUUAGAUAUUCAUUUCAUCCGGUGUCCUAAACUAGUUCGCGACGAUGAGUGAUGACAAUAAUCAAGUUUUGAAUGGGACCGGCGAAGAAGGUCCACAGAAGACUGCAAAACAGCUGGAAAAGGAAGCGAAGAAACAGGCAAAGUUGGACAAAUUAAAGCAAAAAUUAGAAAAGAAGAAUGCAGCCCCCGUUAAAGCCCCAACAGAGAAAAAGGAGAAGAAGAAGGAAGUGAAGGAGGCUGCUAUUUAUGAAGAAGACACCCCUGAAGGUGACAAGAAAAUUGUCUCUAAUGCCAUGCCAGAUGCUUACAGUCCAAAAUAUGUAGAAGCAGCUUGGUACAGUUGGUGGGAAAAGCAGGGCUUUUUUAAACCAGAAUAUGGAAGAUCUUCCAUUGUUGAGAAAAACCCUAAAGGCAAUUUCACAAUUAUCAUUCCACCACCAAAUGUAACUGGUUCCUUACAUCUUGGACAUGCUUUGACCAAUGCCAUUCAGGAUUCCCUUAUUCGUUGGAACCGCAUGAAGGGUAAAACUACUCUUUGGAACCCAGGAUGUGAUCAUGCUGGUAUUGCCACUCAGGUAGUGGUUGAAAAGAAAUUAUGGAGAGAAGAGAAGAAAACUAGGCAUGAUGUUGGUAGAGAAGAUUUUGUAAAGAAGAUUUGGAAUUGGAAAGAAGAGAAGGGUGACAGAAUUUAUUUGCAACUAAAAAAAUUAGGGUCUUCUUAUGAUUGGACCAGGGCAGCAUUUACAAUGGAUCCUAAAUUGUGCAGAACUGUGAAUGAAGCUUUUGUUCGAUUACAUGAAGAGGGAAUCAUUUACAGGUUUAAUAGGCUUGUGAAUUGGUCAUGCACUUUAAAAUCUGCAAUUUCUGAUAUUGAAGUUGAUAAAAUUGAAAUUCCGGGCCGAACUUUCCUUUCUAUUCCUGGAUACGAUGAGAAAGUAGAAUUCGGUGUACUGGUGUCGUUUGCUUACCAAGUGACCGAUUCGGAUGAAAAGAUUAUUGUUGCCACUACUCGUGUGGAAACCAUGCUAGGUGAUACAGCUGUAGCUGUUCAUCCUGACGAUGAAAGAUACAAACAUUUACAUGGAAAAUUUGUUGUUCAUCCGUUCUGUAAUAGGAAGAUUCCAAUUGUGACGGAUUCAUUUGUCGAGAGAGAUUUCGGUACUGGCGCAGUGAAGAUCACUCCAGCCCACGAUCCAAAUGAUUAUGAGGUCGGACAGAGAAACAAUUUACCAUUCAUCACCAUGUUGGACGAUAAUGGCAUCGUCAUCGGAGAUUAUGGAAAAUUCACUGGCAUGAAGCGUUUCCAAGCCCGAAAGGAAAUUUUAGUCGCCCUUAAAGAAAAGGGCUUAUACAUCGAAACUAAAAAUAAUCCGAUGGUUGUUCCAAUUUGCAGCAGAAGCAAAGAUGUCGUUGAGCCAAUGCUUAAACCUCAAUGGUAUAUCAAAUGCGAUGAAAUGGCGCAAAAGGCUGUGGAUGUCGUGCAGUCUGGAGAACUAAAGAUCAUUCCAGAAAUGCAUACCAAAACAUGGUAUCACUGGAUGGAUGGCAUUAGAGAUUGGUGUAUCUCUAGGCAGCUGUGGUGGGGUCACAGAAUUCCUGCAUAUUAUGUAACCAUAGAAGGAAAGACUCAGGAAGCUGAAUCCGAUGAAUAUUGGAUUUCCGGACGAAGUUAUGAAGAAGCUCUGGACAAGGCCUCCAAGAAAUUCAAUGUACCCGCUAGUAAAUUAACAUUGAAACAGGAUGAGGACGUUCUUGACACAUGGUUUUCAUCCGGCUUGUUUCCAUUUUCACUUUUCGGGUGGCCCGAAGACACUGAUGACAUGCAAGUUUUCUAUCCAUCUUCUGUCCUGGAAACGGGUCACGACAUCUUGUUUUUCUGGGUGGCGAGGAUGGUAUUCUUCGGACAAAAGUUGUUAGGUAAAUUGCCGUUCAAAGAAGUAUACUUACAUCCGAUUAUUCGUGACGCCCAUGGUAGAAAGAUGAGCAAAUCUUUGGGCAAUGUUAUUGAUCCAAUGGACGUAAUAACUGGUAUAAGUCUGGAGGAUUUACACAGUACGUUGUAUGAGAGCAAUUUGGAUCCAAAGGAAAUUGAUAAAGCCAAGGCUGGUCAAAAGCAAGAUUAUCCAGAUGGGAUUCCCGAAUGCGGUACCGAUGCAUUGAGAUUCGCUCUAUGCGCCAUGUGCUCAGGAAGGGACAUCAAUUUGGACAUUUUGCGUGUGCAAGGUUACAGGUUCUUCUGCAAUAAGAUUUGGAAUGCAACUAAAUUUGCAUUAACAUAUUUUGCCAAGGAUUUCAAAGCUCCAGAAGGCUACGAACUCAUCGGCAAAGAAUCUGAAAUGGAUUUAUGGAUGCUCAGCAAGCUGGCAUCGGCAAUGUUCGAUGCUAAUGAAGGAUUAAAUAAUUACGAUUUCUCAUUGGCCACUAAAUCCAUUUACAAUAUCUGGUUGUACGAUCUUUGCGAUGUUUAUUUGGAGUAUUUGAAACCAGUUUUUGCUAGUAACAAUUCUGAUGCAAUUUACACGGCCCAAGUUACUUUAUAUAGAGCUUUGGAUAUAGGUUUGAGAUUGCUUUCACCGUUCAUGCCUUUUAUUACUGAAGAAUUGUAUCAAAGAUUGCCAGGAGCUGCCAAUAGAAGCAUUCCAAGUAUUUGCGUAGCACCAUAUCCGGAACCGGAUAUGUGCAAAUGGAAGAAUAGCCAAAUUGAAGAAGAAGUAGAUUUUAUUCAAAGGGUAUCCAAAGCUAUAAGAUCAGCCAGAAGUGACUACAAUAUUCCGAAUAAAACGAAAACUGAAGCUUACAUCAAAUGCUCCGACGGAAGCAUCGAGACUAUUGUUAAGAAAUUAUCGAAUGCUUUGCAAACUUUGUCGUUCUGUUCGAAGAGCGACGUAAAUUUGGAUGCUCCAAUCGGUUGUACAAUCUUGACCGUUUCAAAUAAAUGCGAGGUGCAUUUAUUGCUCAAAGGCUUAAUCGACCCAGAAAAGGAAAUUGCUAAAAUGGAAAGGAAGCUAGAUAUGCUGAAGGGAACAGAGGAAAAGUUGAAGCAAGCUAUGGGAGUAGCAGAUUAUACAACUAAAGUUCCACAAGAGGUACAGGAAUCGAAUACCGAAAAACUAUCCCAGACCAUCGCCGAAAUCCAACGGUUAGAGGUCGCGAUGGAAUCAUUGAAACUGAUGAAUUAAAGGCACGCAUAUUUCUGUUUAUUAGCAAAUUGCAUUUUUAAUCAAUAAUAAUUAAUUUAUGCUAAAUAAAUAUCCUGUUUUAUUACAUAGUAAAUUGUGCACAGAACAAAAAUAAAAAAUCAAUAAAAAUCAAUACAAGUUGUUUUAUCACAGCUAAAACUAUAAAAUAUGUUUUGUUUUCAAUUACGUUUGUUAUCUUUCAAGUCUUUCAAUUUCUUUGCGAUUUUUUUCUUUCAUCCUCUUUAUAAAUAUAU